GCUUAGCACUGAUGCAUGGAAGUGGAAGCUUUCCAUUUUGACUACCCACCACAUUUAAAACUACACAGCUACUGAAGUGUCGUGGUAUUAUUUAUUUCGACCAUUUUUAUGGAAUUAACAUAAUCUUUGUUCGACUGUGGAUCAAAUGUUGCACCUAGAAAUAGCAUAUUUUCUGUAUUCAAAUGAUUUCUUUAUUACUAAUUAUAGAUAUGAAAUGUUGCUCCCUUAAAGUAGAGUCCAUCUUGAGGAGGGGGCUGGACUUUGUCUCUCUUCACAUUCACUUCUGGUAAAGAGACUAUGAGAGACUUCCUGUGGGUGAGGUUGUUUCUAAACUUAAACUUGAAUUCCUCCUUAACACUCCAGCACUGCGUUUCAACUAUUUGCUUAAAGCUGUUACACACAUUUUCAUAUGAAAUAUUGGUGAGAAGGCCCAUGGAUUAUAAAGUGAGAAUGACGCCUGCAAUUGUAUCUCCUUCUUAAAACUGUGUGCACUUUAUUUCUUCGAGAAAGACUUUAUGCAGCAGCCUUUAGAGAAGCAUCAAGCAUUACUGACCAUAUGUGAAGAAUCACGAGCCCACAGGAUGAUCUUAUCUACAUCAGGAAGGAUAUGCUAACACCUUAUCUCUGUUCAUCAUUAGAGGAUAUCUAAACCAAGGUGCAAACAAUGUGCUGUGUUAAAAGCUGCUCAGUUGUGAGCUUAGUGAAAAAGGGAAGGAAGCCCUCACCGUGUAAAGAACUUAAAAAAACAACUUCCGUCUCCAAUAUUACAUUGCAUUUGUUUCUCUGUAGUUCCUGAUUGCUCUUCAUAUGCUGCAGUUUCAGUCUUUCUAUUUGCACAAAGUAGAAGAAUUUCUCAGAAGCAGAUUAUCAGUGCUGGAUGUGAAGAUGGGACACACUUUGCUCUGUCUACGGGGUUUUUUCUUUCUGAAUUUACUUUACCGUGGACAAGCUCAAGAUGCUGUACUGACCAUUGAGCCAAACUGGACCACUUUCUUUACCGGAGAGUCUGUUACCUUCAAGUGUGACAUUACAGGAGACAAAGGCAGCGACUGGGUUUACUCAAUCUACUGGAAUGAUCAAGAAUGGCUUCCUAACAACAAACAUGAGAGCUAUGAAUUACAUUCUCUAACUCCAGGCUACAAUGGUGCAUACCACUGUUUUUUUUAUCAGAAGGGCUCAACAAAGAAAAGCAAUACAAUCUAUCUAAAUGUAUCAGACAGACCUAAGGCUGUCCUCACUGUGUCUCCAUCAUGGCCGAGUCCUGGAGCCUCAGUAACUCUGGACUGCAGCGUUGAUCAUCCUUCUGCUGGCUGGAGCUUCUACUGGUAUAAGGCUGUUCCCAAACCGUCACACAACUCCUACAACUCCUACGACUAUGAGCUGCUACCUGGCAGCGAGAAUGGGACCGAACAGCAUCUCUUCAUCAUUGAUGGACAAACACACACAGCAGGAUAUGUGUGCAGAGCAGGAAGAGGAGAUCCAGUGUAUUACAGUGGGCAGAGUCAACCUAAGUUUGUCUGGUCUGGAGAUUUGAAUUCAGCAGCGUCUCUCACAGUGAGUCCUGACAGUGUGCAGCACUUCAGCAAAACGUCUGUGUUACUGAGCUGUGAGGGAAUCUCCACUGAGUGGAGAGUGAGGACGUUUACGAAACCUGACUACCUUUAUCGCUGUUCUUCCUGGGGGACAAUGACUGGAUCCACAUGCACAAUAACCAGAGGCUGGCUUAGUGGAGUGUUCUGGUGUGAGUCUGAAACAGGACAGUUCAGUAAUGCAGUCAACAUCACUAAAUAUGACUAUGAAAUGAUCCUGGUGAGUCCUGUCCGUCCUGUGGCUGAGGGACGUUCUGUCACUCUUAGCUGCAAGUUCAAGACAGGAACGGUUCUUUAUAAUGUGGAUUUCUAUAAAGAUGACAAACUCAUCCAGAACGAUACCAGGAAGGAGCUGACCAUCUCUGCAGUGUCAAAGUCAGACGAAGGCUUUUAUCAAUGUAAACGGAGAGAUCCAGCAGAUGGUUGGACGUCACCAGAGAGUUGGUUCUCAGUCAAAUUAGCAGCGUCCGGGCCUGGAAAAGCCUCUCAAUUUCCCAUUCUUCUGAUCGUUGGGCUGCUUGGUGGAGUUGUACUGAUUAUUCUCCUGCUGCUGUUCCUGUAUUUAUACAGAAAGUCAAAAGAUUCAUGCUGUAUCAGAUCUCAGAGGACCAAUCAGGGCCCUGCUACAGACCACAUGAUCAACCAGGAUGAAAUUCAAAACAUGCCACAAUAUUCUACUCUCCUCCAUGGUGAUCGUUGUCUCUAUGAAACAAUAGGAGGGCCUGUAGAAGCUGGAAAUGGUGCCAGUAAUGAACCAGAAGAGAGCCUUUACUUAAAUGUGGCAGCAGAUCAAUAAAGACAUCCUCAUGGACAGAACCAAUGGAGCGGAUAAAAACAUGAAAAACAACAUCCUUGUUUCAGCAAUUGAGUGUAUUUGCUGCUUUUGUGUAAAUAGCGCAGUGCCUUUAAAAAAAAUGCCUUUCUAGGAACAUGGUGAAUGCUUUGCAAUUCAACUGUACUUUCUGUGUACUUAUAUUUAGUGUAAAACAUUGUACUACCACCUUAUCUGUUAAAUGUCUGAUUCAGAUCAUGUGGCUAGAACCUCGUUGUACAUUGAGUGAUAUUAGAGCCAGAUACUAAUAUAUGCAGUAUGGACACAUGCUUUAGCACUGUAGAUGCACACAGUGGACACACAAAUAUACUAUUAAUAAAACCCAAAUGCAA